GUCAAAUCUGGGCCCAAAGGAUCCCAGCCCAUGUCCCCCUCUGAUUUCUUGGACAAGCUUAUGGGACGAACAUCUGGAUAUGAUGCUAGGAUUAGGCCCAAUUUCAAAGGUCCACCUGUGAAUGUGACCUGCAACAUCUUCAUCAACAGUUUUGGCUCCGUCACUGAGACCACCAUGGACUACCGGGUAAAUGUCUUCUUGCGGCAGCAGUGGAAUGACCCACGUCUGGCCUACCGAGAAUAUCCAGAUGACUCUCUGGAUCUAGACCCAUCCAUGCUCGAUUCUAUUUGGAAGCCAGACCUCUUCUUUGCCAAUGAGAAAGGGGCCAACUUCCAUGAGGUGACCACAGACAACAAGUUACUGCGCAUCUUCAAGAAUGGGAAUGUUCUCUACAGCAUCAGAUUGACCCUCAUUUUGUCCUGCCCAAUGGACCUCAAGAACUUCCCAAUGGACAUCCAGACCUGCACGAUGCAGCUGGAAAGUUUUGGCUACACCAUGAAUGACCUCAUGUUUGAGUGGCUAGAAGAUGCUCCUGCUGUCCAAGUGGCUGAGGGGUUGACUCUACCCCAAUUUAUCUUGCGGGAUGAGAAGGAUCUAGGUUACUGUACCAAGCAUUACAACACAGGAAAAUUCACUUGCAUUGAGGUAAAGUUUCACCUGGAGCGGCAGAUGGGCUACUAUCUGAUUCAAAUGUACAUCCCCAGUCUACUCAUUGUCAUCCUGUCCUGGGUCUCCUUCUGGAUCAACAUGGAUGGCCCUGCUCGUGUAGGCCUUGGUAUCACCACUGUCCUCACCAUGACAACUCAGAGCUCUGGAUCCAGGGCCUCUUUGCCUAAGGUGUCCUACGUGAAGGCAAUUGACAUAUGGAUGGCUGUAUGCCUGCUGUUUGUAUUUGCUGCCUUGCUUGAGUAUGCUGCAGUCAAUUUUGUCUCUCGUCAGCAUAAGGAAUUUAUGAGACUUCGUAGAAAGCAGAGACGUCGACACAUGGAAGAAGACAUCAUAAGAGAGGGCCGCUUCUAUUUUCGUGGCUAUGGCCUAGGACACUGCCUACAAGCAAGGGAUGGAGGUCCAAUGGAAGGCUCCAGCAUUUACAGUCCCCAACCUCCAACCCCUCUUCUAAAGGAGGGAGAAACCAUGAGGAAAGUCUAUGUGGACCGAGCCAAGAGAAUUGACACCAUCUCUAGAGCUGUCUUCCCUUUUACUUUUCUUGUCUUCAAUAUCUUCUAUUGGGUUGUGUAUAAAGUGCUAAGGUCAGAAGAUAUCCACCAGGCACUGUGA